AUGAAGAGCAGCAGUCUCCGAGACGGACCUUCCAUAUCGGGCACGCUUCUUUCAAUCUGCGUCUCGAUUGUCUGUGAUCCCGGCACAGCCGUGGAGUGGGGACAGAGCGCGGUUAUUGCGCAACCCCUCCGCAGAGCCGCGGGCAGGCACCCGUUACCGCAUACACAGUCCACUUGUAAUACCGGGCUCGUGUGUGCGCGCAUCUUGGGCCCCUGGCUCCUGGUGACCUAUGUGCGGGCUCCUUGGAGAGCUACAUUUCUGAGCGAGUCUCCCCUUCUGGCCUCCACACCUCCUGCUCCUCCUCCAUCAGGCCUCCACACCUCCUGCUCCUCCUCCAUCAGGCCUCCACACCUCCUGCUGAGGACUCCAUCAGGCCUCCACACCUCCUGCUCCUCCUCCAUCAGGCCUCCACACCUCCUGCUCCUCCUCCAUCAGGCCUCCACACCUCCUGCUCCUCCUCCAUCAGGCCUCCACACCUCCUGCUCCUCCUCCAUCAGGCCUCCAUACCUCCUGCUCCUCCUCCAUCAGGCCUCCACACCUCCUGCUGAGGACUCCAUCAGGCCUCCACACCUCCUGCUGAGGACUCCAUCAGGCCUCCACACCUCCUGCUCCUCCUCCAUCAGGCCUCCACACCUCCUGCUGAGGACUCCAUCAGGCCUCCACACCUCCUGCUCAUCCUCCAUCAGGCCUCCACACCUCCUGCUGAGGACUCCAUCAGGCCUCCACACCUCCUGCUGA